AUUUUUGUUUUGGGCUUCAGCCGAAUGAAUUGUAUAAUGGGCUUUCGCUACGAUAAAAAAAAAAUCAUUCUUGCUCGUACCUGACGCCAUUCUCUAUUUUUCACUUAUUAUUGAAAUAAAAAGGGUGAAAUAAGGAAAGGGCAGUUGAACAUCGGGCGCAGUCCAUCUCUGAUCAGCGAGAAAUCGAAUAGUUGCGAAGAAAUUAAGAAUGUCGGGAGUCACCAAUCAGGAGGAGGACAAGAAGCCUAAUGAUCAAUCCGCUCACAUAAAUCUCAAGGUCAAAGGCCAGGAUGGCAAUGAAGUUUUCUUCAGGAUUAAGAGAAGCACUCAACUGAAGAAGCUCAUGAAUGCUUAUUGUGAUCGACAAUCUGUGGAGAUGAAUUCUAUUGCAUUUCUUUUUGAUGGUCGUCGGCUUCGCGGGGAGCAGACUCCUGACGAGUUGGAAAUGGAGGAUGGGGACGAGAUAGAUGCAAUGCUGCAUCAAACAGGCGGUGCUAUUGCAUAAUGUAAUUUGAUAGGGACAAAAUAUUAGUGCCGAGUGGAUUAGGACCUCUGUAGAACAAAUGGGAGCAACUGUGUUUAUCAGUACAUCUUUUGUGAACUUUGACAAUGUAGCUUAGAUAUUAGUAAAUAUGGUGUCUGGUUUCGUAAGGUUGUUUCUCCUGGAGGCAUUUUCAAAGAGUUAAUUGGACAGAUAAAUUAGCUGUUUAAGGAGCUCAUCAGCUGUAAUCGUGCUCUUAAUGUGCUUGCUGUGCAUAUC